CUCUUUUGUUUUUAACCUCUCUCUUUGUCCUCUCUCCCAUCUUUCUCCGUGAAGAGUGAAGACCACCAUAACUUUACACGGUGCCACUACCCCCAAAAAGCCUUGAAAUUAGCCUCAUCUCGAUUCCACCACUCUCUCUCUCUCAAAGUCCUCUCUCCCUCAGAGCUACAUCCCUACCAUGCCAUGAAGGAAAGAGCUAGUUAUAUGCUCCUAUAAAACAAAAAGAAAACUGGGUCUCUCUCUCUCUCUCUCUCCUGUUUGAUUUGUAAUGAGAGAGAGUUUGUGCAAGAAACUCUGCUAAACUUGGAAGGCAAAAAUGGGAGUAGAGAGUAGGUGGAAAUCAGUGGCGCCGAACGUGGCUCCGGUGAGCAGCGUGGACAGAGAUGAGAGUCUGGGUCAUUUUGAGAAAUCCGUGGAUGCGGUGUCGUUUGGGUUCGUGGCCACUGCCAUCCUCAUUGCCAUGUUCGUCGUUAUGGCCAUCUUCGAGAGGUUUCUCCGGCCGAGAUCCGCCGGCUCCGGCGGCCGGAAUCUCGGGGAUCUUGAGGCUCAGAUGACUGCUGAAGGGAAGCUCAAUUACCCAUCCCCCAAAAUAACCACUUAUGCCAGAGGGGUGUCGGUGUUGAUGCCUGGAGAAAACACUCCAACCUUCAUUGCACAUCCUGCUCCUGCACCGUGUCCUUCGGAGGGCAUCUUACGACCGAUGCAUCAACAGAACACUCUUUCCAAACCGACGUCAAGCUCAGUCACAAGCUAGCAAGCUCAGUGACUAGGAAAAAAGAAAAAAAGAGGGCUACAAAAAUGCUGGGUGAUUAUUAAUAGCUUGGCACGGGGAUGGUGGGCCUGCUCGCUGACAUUCGCUCAAAAGUCCACCAUUUCAGAAACGCUAUUGUGUAGAGGGGGAACAGCUGACUUUCCGCCUCAUGGCCCGAGGAAAAGUGGCUAAGGUGAAGCAGAACCAUUGCUACAAAUGUUAACUAUACUGAUAGAACCAGUAGCACGACACGAGAUAAAUUGUUGCUCAGGUAGUACGAGGCGACAUGGCAUAGCAACAACGGGUUGUUUUUUGCGACUUUUCUUCAGGAGAUAAGUCAGUUGUCCCUCCUUUACAGCGUUGUGGUCUCGGUCGCUCUUAUUUGGUGGUCUUUUGAGCAUGUCUUUAGGGCAAGGUCCGUCAUCGAGAGUGGGGAGGACACGUUUAACUGUACUUUGUUUGCUGUUAACUCAAUAACACCCGCCCUUUGUGAAGCUCGUAUCCAUAUCUGUAUUGACAUCAGAAAGGAGCUGAAGGUCAAGUUUCAUACGCAUUCUCCUUAUUUUAUGUGCAUAUUAAACCCAUGGAGUGCAAGAAGUCGAGUAUUUGUCUC